UUUGUCCGCAAAAAAUUUGUCCGCAAAAUUUAUCCGCAAAAAUUAUCCACAAAAAUUGUCCGCAAUUUUAUUUUUUUAUUUAUUCCAGGCACAAUAGUUCCAGCAUCCAAUCACAGUUUAUGGAAAAAGCAACCUCAAGGUAGUCAUACCGAGGCAAAGGCAUAUUCACAAAUCAUGCUAGACCCAGCCUUGAAAGGAGUUACUCCAAAUUUUAUAAGGGAAAUUCAACACAGAAAUGAAGUUUUCAUCGAAAUCCAAGAUUUAUUAGCUGAGUUCCCCGACCCCUCAACAAGAGCAAUAAUGGACAUAAAAAUAGGAACUAGAACAUUUUUAGAAUCUGAAGUAGCAAAUAAACAUAAAAGAGUUGAUUUGUAUAAAAAAAUGAUUGAAUUGGCACCUAAUGAACCUACUGACCAAGAAAGACAAGACGAAGCAAUUACAAAAUUAAGAUAUAUGCAGUUCCGUGAGAGAAAAUCCUCAUCAGCAACUCUAGGUUUCCGUAUAGAAGCAGCUCAACUCCCUGGAGUUCCUAUUCAAAAAAAUUUUAAACAAGUUAGAACACGUUUGCAAGUAAGAAGAGCACUCAGGCAUUUUUGUGGGACAGACAAAGUCUGCAAACAAUUAGCUAAACGUUUGAGGCAUAUUCGAGAUUCUGUUGAAGCUAGUUCUUUUUUUGCAUGUCAUGAGAUUGUUGGAUCGUCAGUAUUAUUAAUUCAUGAUGGAGGCACUAAUUCUAACAAUAAUAAAGAAAUAAAAGUAGGGGCAUGGCUCAUCGACUUUGCAAAAUGCCACAGAAUUGAAGGAGGGGGAAGAUUAACACAUCGACGUCCUUGGGAUUUGGGUAAUCACGAGGAUGGGUAUUUAAUUGGGUUGGAUAAUUUAAUGGAAUUGUUGGAAGGAAAUGAAGAAGAGGAGGAAGGGAAUGAUGAAAAUAAUAAUAAUAAUGAAGAGAGGAUUAAUUUAAAGUUUAAAGGAGAAAAGGAAAUUAAUGGAAAAUAG